AGAAGUGCAGAGGUGUCAAACUGUGGGUGAGCGACAUAGGGGCAUAGGGACAAUCUCACAGAUUACCGUGACCAUUACUCGCUGUAUCUGUUUUACACUUCAUGGAUUUGAAUUUUGUUCACUUAUUUAUUUUUCAUCAAGAUAUUGGCAUUACAUUCCCGUUUCCGUCAUUAGAUCAGCUUGUCUGUACACUUGAAGAUGAGCACAGAGGUAUAAGGCUGGCUACAUUUUCCAAAAAAGGUUCCCCGUCUAUCUCACGGACAUUGGUCACCAACCUUUCCGUGACCGUUUUUCUGUUUCGAUUGGGCGUCCUAACAUGAUUCUAUCAUGAGUUCCAAUGUAGUGAACUAUAACUCAACCUCAAGAAAGCCAAGCACGAUGGAUAACGUAACCGAUUGCAAUGGUGCCGGCUUGGACCUCAUUCAGAAUCGCAUUGAGUCUCUGAACAGUAAGAUGGACAAACUCAUCAACAUCCAGGAGAAGGUCCUCAACCGGCUGGAUGGAAUGUCCCAGGACAUUGACAGUAUAGAGAGGGACAUGGAAACACUGAAGGUGGAUAAGGAAGAGAUCCAUAUCCCUGUCGGAGCCCGAACUCUACCACCGGCCCUGGCUCAAACCCAGGGCACGGGCAUGGGGGGCGAGGUGAGAGAGAUGUGUCAGGAGAUGAGCUCCAUCAUGACAGUGCUGGACCAGCGCUCGGAGAAGCAGGCUGAGAAGCUGGACGGGAUGGAAAAGCUGGUCCUCAGCAUCCAUCAGGUCAUCAGAUUCAUUGGGGAGACGAUGAAGAGCCCCCGGGUUAUGGAGAUGAUGUUUAUGGGUCCGGCAGCACACAAGGCCUCCAAGUCAAAAGACCUCAAGAUGGCUAUUAAGAGGCAAUCGUCCGCAGAAAAGAGCAAGAGCUCAGUUACUAAGAAGACCGACAAGCCAAAAGAUCACAAGAAGAAGGAUGGGAAGGAGAAGUCGGGUCUGAGCCCGAAGGGUCUGAAAGCACAGAAAAAGAAGAAGCUCCCAGACACAGCAGAUACGAUCUCCCUUAGGAAGCAGGUGUUGCUACUAGAGGAGGUUCAGAAGCUCAACAGGGAGAAUGCAGAGAGAUCAUCAUCAUCAUCAUCAGGUCACCAGCAGCAGCACCUCACCCCUGAUGGCUUCCUGGACCUGGAGGCUGGGUCUGGAGGGGCCUCAGAGGGUUCCCUCAGCCCAAACCUGCUGGACCUUAUCCUCGAGGGCCCCAAGGCCCCUGUGACUGAAGAGGAGUCAUUGUCUGAGGAGGAGGCUGCCGGAGAUGGACUAAAAGUAGAAGAGAGGAAGGAGGAGGAGGUUGUAAAAAAGGAGAAGGAAGACCACCUUGUUAAUGAAUCUAAGGAAGAGGAGAGAAAGGAGGAGUUGUUGAAAACCACAGAGAAGCCCGAGGAGGAUGGAAGACUAGAGGAAAAAAAGGGGGAGAAGGAGAAAGAGGGGGACACUACACUCUCUAAAGGCCCAUCGGAAGCUGUUGAUAUGUCGGUAAAGGAUAUCCCUUCUCUCCCAACCUCCUCUGAGGCUCCAGGAGACACCAACUCCAUUCCCGAGAGCUGUGAAGACCACAACAAAAGUGAUUCCUCUCUGUCUCUGGAGGCAGCAAAACAGGACCAGGUGGAGGAGGGCAGCACCGGCAGUAAGCGUCGGGUGAUGGAGGAAGACCUGGGAGUAGAGGACCACAAGAAGAGUCGGGUAGAGGAAGGAGAGGAGGAGGAGAGGGAGGGGGAGAGGAAGGAGGAGGAAGAAGCAGAGAGACCAGAGGAUGAGGGAUGGGGCGUCUUCAAGGCAGACGGGGUGGAUAUCCGUGUGGAGGGGAAGAAGAGGCUGGGGAAAGAUCAGGCCACAGAAGUCAAGCAGUCUACUGGGGAAACGUUCUUCAUUGACAAAAGUCCUCCUCCACCAGCUCCAUUCAACCAUCGGAUAGUGUCGGCCAAACCCAACCAGAUCAGCAACUUCUACACCAUCAACAGAGUUGAGAUUCUAGGAGGGGGUCGUUUUGGCCAGGUGCACAAAUGCAUGGAAAACUCCUCAGGUCUCACGCUAGCUUCCAAAAUCAUCAAAGCCCGGAGUCAGAAAGAAAAGGAGGUGGUCAAGAAUGAGAUCAUGGUCAUGAACCAGUUGGAUCACGCCAACCUGAUCCAGCUCUACGCCGCCUACGAGUCCAGGAAUGAUAUCAUCCUGGUGCUGGAAUAUGUGGAUGGUGGGGAGCUCUUUGACCGGAUCAUCGACGAGAACUACACUCUGAUGGAGCUGGACACGGUCAUGUUCAUCAGGCAGAUCUGUGAGGGCCUUCAGCACAUGCACAAGAUGUACAUCCUCCAUCUGGACCUCAAGCCGGAGAAUAUUCUAUGUGUGAGCAGAGUCACAAAUAAAAUCAAGAUCAUUGACUUUGGACUUGCCAGAAAAUACAUGCCCAGAGAGAAGUUGCGAGUGAAUUUCGGCACCCCAGAGUUCCUGGCCCCAGAAGUUGUCAACUACGACUUUGUGUCAUUCAACACCGAUAUGUGGAGUCUGGGAGUCAUUACAUAUAUGCUUCUCAGCGGUCUGUGUCCUUUCCUGGGCGACAAUAACCCUGAGACUCUGAACAACAUCCUUGCCUGCCAGUGGAACUUUGACGAGGAAGAAUUUACAGACAUAUCAGAGGAAGCCAAAGACUUCAUCUCUAAACUACUCAUCGUCAAUAAAAGUUGGAGGAUAGGUGCCUCUGAAGCAUUGAGGCAUCCUUGGCUCUCUGACCCAGUCCUCCAUCACCGACUUCAUGAAAAGAAGAACAUGUGUCACUGUUCCCGGCGAUCUUCAUGCGUACCCAUUACAGAGAGUUGAGCAUGAUGACUAGACGGCGCCAGCUGUGGCCACCUGGACCAAGCCUGCUGUACACUUGCAUGUUUACCAGCGCUUACCUAUCUAAACACCUGUAGAAGUACACUUGUAGAACUACUGGAGCUUACCUUGUCUGUACACCUGUAGAACUACAACCUGCAAAACUACAACCUGUAGAAUUACUGGAGCUUACCUGUCUGUACACCUGUAGAACUACAACCUGCAAAACUACAACCUGUAGAAUUACUGGAGCUUACCUGUCUGUACACCAGUAGAACUACAACCUGUAGAAUUACUGGAGCUUACCUGUCUGUACACCUGUAGAACUACAACCUGUAGAAUUACUGGAGCUUACCUGUCUGUACACCUGUAGAACUACAACCUGUAGAAUUACUGGAGCUUACCUGUCUGUACACCUGUAGAACUACAACCUGUAGAAUUACUGGAGCUUACCUGUCUGUACACCUGUAGAACUACAACCUGUAGAAUUACUGGAGCUUACCUGUCUGUACACCUGUAGAACUACAACCUGUAGAAUUACUGGAGCUUACCUGUCUGUACACCUGUAGAACUACAACCUGUAGAAUUACUGGAGCUUACCUGUCUGUACACCUGUAGAACUACAACCUGUAGAAUUACUGGAGCUUACCUGUCUGUACACCUGUAGAACUACAACCUGUAGAAUUACUGGAGCUUACCUGUCUGUACACCUGUAGAACUACAACCUGUAGAAUUACUGGAGCUUACCUGUCUGUACACCUGUAGAACUACAACCUGUAGAAUUACUGGAGCUUACCUGUCUGUACACCUGUAGAACUACAACCUGUAGAAUUACUGGAGCUUACCUGUCUGUACACCAGUAGAACUACAACCUGCAAAACUACAACCUGUAGAACUACCAUAGCUGUGUGAUGGAUGGACGAUACAUGUUACCUGAACAACUGUUAGCUCACUAGAUAUGCUGUUUUGUUGGUUUUUGUACGUAUAUCCAAGGAUAGGUCAAAAUUAGACAAAAAUAAGGAAUUGGUUUUAGUGGAAACAUUACCUGACAGUCAUACUGUACUUUUUUGAGUGGGUUGUCAUGUACUGUAAAAGUGCUAUUUCAGUGUGAUGCCAAAGCUUAGAAGACUGGAGGGUGUCGUGAAAGAUAGUAUGCUAGGUACAAUAUGUGAAUUUCAUCUGCAACGCAAAUUUAGUAUGACAUAACACCAGACUCUAACCUCGUAUCUUGUAAAUACUUUGGGGGUUUGAUUUUGUCAGACAAACUAGAUUCCAGAUUUAAAAAAAUGUUUACUUUUAGCCAAUGUUGUUUCCCUGUCGUACAGUUGUACUGUUCUCUUCCCUCAUGUGUGAAUCCAUUUUCAUUAGCUUUAUUUCCAUCUCAGUUAUCCACAAUGCAUCUCAACGUUUAUGCUGUGAUGCUGCUCUCCAUUUCAUCUCAUUUUCUGUUCAUGUAAAAGAGUUCCGUGUUGAGUACUGUACCCCACUUUUCCUCGGACUGUGUGUGUAUUUAUCAAACCAAAGGAUUUUUCCGUUUAACUUGACUGAUAGACAGACAAAUGUCAUGUGUUUGCUGUGAGUUUUGUGCUCUCUUGAUAUUGGGUGUAAAUAGAUCAAAUGUGUAGAUGUUUGCUUAAACUUUUAAUGCAGACCUGGGGUACUUAGUGAGCCUGGGAAAGCAUUGUUAUACUGUUUUCAUUUUCUCGAAAUCAUUCGAUCCAUUAUAGAAUUAUAGAAUAUAAAUUGCUGUUGAUAAUCUAUAUUGUAUUUUGGAAAAAGAGGUACUUUCAGUAAAGAAAAUGGAAAUUGUUGCGCAGGAAUACUCAUUUUUUGAUUUCACACAGACACAGAACAAAAAAGGCCUAAGUUCAAGCAAGGAUAUUAAUACAUUUAAAUCUAAAAUAAUCUGACAAUGUUCGGGAUGUUUUAUCUAUGUUCUAGUAUAUUUGUAAAUCUACAGUAUGAAAAGGGUUGAAUGGAUCUUGUCUGGUCAGGUUUUAUAAGCUCUAGGAUGUGCACUUUAAAUUGUUAUUUGUUUAAAUCAGAUGAAUUUAUCAAAACUAAUCCUGGCACUUAAGAGAAAAUACCAUGUUAGAAAUGAUGUUUUUAUGCCUGUAGUCAUACCCUGCAUUAUUUCAUUAUAUUUUGUUCAUGUGUGUGUGUAUAUGUAUAUGUAUCCCCAACAGUUUUACUUUAUAUUCAAAUAAUCUUAUUUUAUUAGUAUUUUCUUUGUUUUCUUUUGAUUUUUUUUUGUUUUGCCUUUGUUACUUUUUAUUUAAUGAAAGCAUGCUUUUUGCUUUCAUGUGCUCAGUAAAACCAAUUAUAGUACAUACAUGACACAUUAUACACAAUUAUUUCAAUGUGUAGGGUUAUGCAUAAAUGUUUCCAUAGAUACUAUUGUUAUUUGUUCAAACUUUUUCUCAAUGCUUGUCCACAUGUUAUCAUUUUGUAAUUAAAAAAUAAAACUACUUUAUUACCUUC